GUGGAACAGAGGAAAGGAUCUUCCUAGGUACUUCUGGCAUGUUACCGGCUUAGUGGAAGGGGCUUCGUCAUAGCGAAUAAGGCCUGAAACUCGGCGUCGAGAACAUACCUUUGGUCUCCCUUCAUUCCUUCAUGUUCUCGGAUUGCCUUCCAAGCCAAACUUACAAACAACAAACGCUCGCGUACUAACAUAUCCCUCGUUUCUUAGCAUAGCAUCUUCUGAUUGCCUCCUAACGCUGCUCCUACCUAGCAAGGUAGUGAUUCUUGACACCAAUAUCACGCCAAACUUUCCCAGGAGCCGCCUACCCGAUUCUGUUGUUUAUGGUAUUAGGAAGUUAUCGGACCUCGAAAUAUUAUAGGAAGGCCCAACACACGAAGCAGGCCUAUUAGAGCAUCUGCAUUCUGAGGAGGUUAGAUAUCUCCUCUACAGUUCUCGGCUGUUGCGAAAGUAACAGCAACAAUUUGUUCCCAUGGUUCUCUACAGCUCAGUUCUGCAGCAAUCAUGAUGCUGGAUGACCAACCCAUGCGAGCGAGCCUCCAAGUGGCGCCUCUCACUAUCAAUAAAAGCCGGACCGAAAAUGCAGCCAAGGAUUCGGAUGAUGGAAGUGAGUCGGCAGCAUCCACAAACCCAUAUUCUCAAUCUCAGAUAACUCCGCCCUCGACGCCCAAUGAUUCGCAGGAAGAAUUAAUUCCCCAACCGACGCCAUCAAAUCCCAUCUUCCACAAUUUUCUGCGAGCUUUCUACCCGUUUCACCCGACGUAUGCUAUGACCGAUUCGACUGUGACGUUACCACUGAACGAAGGAGAUGUAGUCUUGGUUCAUUCGAUCCAUACCAAUGGAUGGGCUGACGGAACUUUACUUGUAUCCGGCGCAAGAGGUUGGCUGCCGACGAACUACUGUGAAGCAUACGACCCAGAUGAGAUGAGGAAUUUAUUGAACGCACUCUUGAAUUUCUGGGAUCUACUACGAAGCACAGCAACAAAUGACCGGGACAUUUUUGGUAACCAGGAAUUUAUGAAGGGCAUCAUUGCGGGUGUGCGCUAUCUCUUGGAACGCACUCAUUGUUUAACUCGUGAGUCGGCUACAGUACAGAGAAGCGAAAGCCUACGACGAGGCAGGAAAUCUUUGCUUUCUGAACUGUCAUCUUUGGUCAAGACCGCGAAGAGGCUACAGGAGACAUUGAGAGGUCUAACGCAAUCUGCUGACGAUGUUAACGACAUCAUCGAUGAGAUGAUCUUGAAAGCUUUCAAAAUUGUCGUAAAGGGAGUACGAUUUCUUGACUUAAUUGAAGAAGAUAGGCAGUUACGAGCGCCGGCAGUGACAGUAAUGGCAACUGUUGUCGAAGAAUCGUUUGUUCCACCAACGCCACCUUUGGAGUCGACGGCAUUCGAGAACGGCCAAGCAGAGGACCAAUCUGCAUCUUCCCGGGCGGACAUCGAAGCGGGACCCACCAAAGGUCUGGCGCCACCAGUUACCGAAGGCGUACAAACGAGUGAAUCAGCCAACAAGCGUUUGUCAUGCGUUUACUCGUCUGGUAACGCAGCGAAUAAUCGGAUGUCUCAGAUGAAUCCACUACAAGGGAAUCGAUUAUCGGCUAGUAUAUCACACAGAGUGUCUCUGGCCGGCCCUUCACCAUUGUCGCAAUCGCAGAAGCUUGUUUCGGAGCGGCUCAACUCCUGUCACGAUACUUUCUUGUCGCACCUUGGAUCCUUCAUUGGUCGGCUACACGUCCAAUCGCAAUCUCGACCGGAACUGGCCCUCGCCAUCAAGCAUUCCGUCAUUUCUGGUGGCCAACUUUUCUCAGUAGUUGACGCGAUAUGCGACCACAACACGUCAGUUUCGGAGACGUUAGGACAGUCACGCGUUGCUAUGUACGACCGCAUUAGGGAUUUAGUUUACUCCGCGCGUGAAAUCCUAGGUAAUAGAGGACCAGAUGGCGAAGACCUUAUAAUUCCCCAGGACAACAGCAGACUUCUUCUCGCUGCUACUGGAUGUGUCAAGGCAGCUGGUGAAUGUGUUGCAAAGACUAAGUGGGUUUUGGAGCGGAUUGGAGAUUUCGAAUUCGAGGUUGAGAAUGGAAACUUGGACAUUGACCUGGGCGUUUUCGAGGCUGUGUCCGAAAGUAGGCCUCGCACGCCGGCCGAGUCAACAAUUUCGGAAGCAAAGACGUCUGAACCAUCGCCCAGGCCCACCCACUCAGUUCAUCUUUCUAUGGAUAAACCUCUACCCGAUGUACCAGUUAAUGACUCAACAGAGGGACACCCAAGCACCGAACAACACACCUCUCCACCGGCAUCCAGACCUCAAUCUAUGAUUACGGAUGAUGCGGCUUCAAGCAUGGCAUCUUCUGUAUCCUCUCUCCGGCCCUCACUUCCUGCGCUUCCGAGACUCACGACUUCCCUUUCUGUAGAUGAGCCAUACAGCCCAGCCACUGAGACAUCGCACGAUGGUGAAUAUCACAGUUCAUUUCGGUCUGAUACAGGCACCGCUUCUAGUUCCGGGAGCAACAGCACCUAUCUUAGCCGUGACUCAGAAGCUAGCAUGGUCUCUGAUACUUCAACACGUGCCACUACACCUGAUCAUUCACUCGUACCUAAGACCCAACCCUCUUUGUCAGAUAUGAGCACUACUGCUAGUUCUAGUGUAAGCGAAGAAGUUGACGAAUUGGAGUCGAAAUUGUUAGAGAAGACGUUCGCCCACGAGCUAAUGUUCAACAAGGAGGGCCAGGUUACUGGUGGCUCACUACCAGCCCUAGUAGAGCGGCUCACAACCCACGAAGCGACACCAGACGCCAUGUUUGUGUCCGCCUUUUAUCUCACAUUUAGGCUAUUUUGCUCUCCCACCGCGUUAGUUGAAACUCUUAUUGAACGCUUCGAUUACGUGGGCGAAAAUUCCAGCACUGCAAGCCCAGUAAGAUUACGUGUCUACAACGUCUUGAAAGGAUGGCUGGAAUCACAUUGGCGUGAUUCAACCGAUCGCGAAGCGCUUCCGCUUAUUCAGCACUUCGCUGAAUUCAAACUUGGGUCUCUUCUUCCUUCCGCAGGCAAACGCAUCAUGGAACUUUCACAACGAGUUUCUUCUACAGACGGUUCGCUUGUCCCUCGUCUAGUAUCAUCUAUGGGAAAGACAAACACGUCCAUCUCUCAGUUCGUGCCUGUCGAUACACCGAUGCCAAAUCCUGCUCUAUCCAAGAGCCAGCAUGGUUUGCUCAAUAACUGGAAGUCAGGAGGGAGCUGCCCGUCGUUCCUUGACUUUGAGCCUCUUGAGGUUGCGCGUCAGUUAACCCUCAAGCAAAUGAGUAUCUUCUGCUCAAUCAUGCCGGAAGAGUUAUUAGGGUCGCAAUGGAUGAAGAAAAAUGGCGCAUCUUCACCCAAUGUGAAAGCUAUGUCGAGCUUCUCCACUGACUUAUCUAACCUCGUGGCCGAUACUAUUCUCCAAUACCCAGAAGUUAAAAAGCGGGCUGUGGUUAUCAAGCAAUGGAUUAAGAUUGCCCACCAAUGCCUCGAGCUGAACAACUAUGAUGGUCUCAUGUCUAUCGUGUGCAGCCUAAAUAAUUCGAUUAUUAGCCGCCUGCGAAAGACGUGGGACCUCGUGAGCCCGAAACGCCGAGAAAUGCUGAAGUCAUUACAAGCUGUUGUCGAACCAGCCAACAAUAACAAGGUGCUUCGAGCUCGCCUUCAGGGCCACGUCCCCCCGUGCCUACCCUUCCUCGGCAUGUUCCUAACUGAUCUCACAUUUGUUGAUAUUGGCAACCCGCCUACAAAGCAACUGCCCAGUGCCGGUGCAACCGACAGUGGUUUGACAGUAAUCAACUUUGACAAGCAUACUCGCACCGCCAAGAUUAUCGGUGAACUUCAGCGAUUUCAGAUCCCUUACAGGCUCACAGAAAUCCCCGACAUGCAGGAAUGGAUCCAAGCACAAGUUACCCGAGUUAAAGAACUAGACCAGGGUAAUGUUCAAGUCAGCUACUACCGAAAGAGUCUGCUACUUGAGCCCCGAGAAAACCUCCUUAAGACCCCUAUUGACGGUACGGUCACUACACCAGCUGGCCAGAAAGCUGAUUUAUUCAGCUGGAUGUCAAGAGAUCGACAUCAUAACAACAACACCGUCUCUACCUGAUAACACCCAAGCUCCCGUUGUAGCAAUCAUCCUAUGAUUGUUGCUAUCAUCUCACCAUCCUCCGCCGCUUAUUACUACUAUCCUUUUGACUCCUCAUUUCAUCUUAUCUAUUGAUACCCCUAUCGUUUUGUUUUUGUUAUUCGAUUAUGAAGCAUUUGGGGGGUUUGGACGGUUGGUCCAUCGGUUUACACAUCAUUCGACACCACACUGGUCACCGGCGUUUACAGGCAGGGAAACGGAAAUGACCUUACUACUUCUAUUAUCGACACAUAUUGUUUAUUCACACACACAUACCACCCGGCGAACGAGUCUCACGGAGCUAGAUCCCCCUCAGUGAGCGCUCGAUUAUUCGCUAUUGCACGAUUGAAUUAAAAAGUUGGCGGAGUUUGGCAUACCUGGAAGCAGCAUUCGCAGGACAACGGGAAAAGCAUUUGGGUCUUGACGUGGAUGAUGGGGGGACGGCAGGAAAUAUCAGGGGGGAUAUACGAAAUGUCCACGGUUCCACCUGUCGCAUUGGGAAGAACCUGUUGUAUAAGGUUGAAUGAGGUCCAGACAGAUAUGGAUGUACUACCUUAGCAUGCAUGCUACGCCAUGAGGAUAAACGUAUUGACCAAAAGAACAAUAUCAUUGCUGGACUUGAAUCUGCUUAGAGAAGUGAAGUACAUGUGUGAUACGUUAG